GAAGAGCCCAAGCAAGAUGCAGUUUCAGAGUCAGGUCCUUCUGUGCAUCCAACCUUUGCAUGCGCAUCUGCGGGGUGCAGCCCAUGCAGCGCUUCUGGGCCAGCAGCGGGCGGUCCGAGCUCCAACGCAGCUCUGGAAGCUUGACAGCCAGGUGUGCUCCGGUCGGGGCGCGCACUGGUGCCCUGCUCAAGACGUCGGCGGGCACCGGGCUGUUGGUGUUCGCAGGACGCUGCUGCGCGUGGCGCUCCCAGCGGCGAAGCAAGCCAUCUGCGCGGCCUUGUGUGACGAAUGCCCAGGAGGUUGCCACCUGCACUGGAACGUGUAGAAGCCGACAGAUGAAUGACAAGGAGAUCCUUGAUAAUCUGAACGAGAGACGCGGCUGGAAAGUGAAGGACAUGGGCGCAAAUGGCAACUGCCUCUUCCUUUCCAUGGCGACGCAAGUGCGGAAGGAAGAUGUCUAUGACCUGCCGGCCAGGUCACCUGCAUGGGCAGAGGCUCUCGGUGAUCUGAGCCGCUGGGAGGACCUGUCGAUUCGCGACAGAGCAUCCUUGCUCCGACGCAUGGCCAUCUUGGACGAGGCUGAGUUCAUCGCGGAGGUGGCCGCCCUGCGCGCGCGGGGGGAGCAGCUUCGAGCGCCGCUCAUGUGGCGCCUGGAAGAGCUCUUUACGGACAUGGCCGAGGAGUUUGUAUCCAGCAACCAGACGGAGCUGGCGGCAAACAUCCCAGGGUGGGACCGCCAGGGCCUCUACAGCCGAGUGCGGGAGGUUGUAUCAAGCUUCACCUUGGAUCAGAAGUGCGAGUUUGUGCUGCUACACGCGGACGAGUACAUGCAAACCACAGGGCGGGAAGGCAACUGGGCUGGCAGUUCCGAGAUGGCGGCCCUGUCCAGCGUGCUGCAUCGUCCGGUCCAAGCAUUCGGAAACAACUGGGUGUCACAGGAUGACGUGAAGAUCAUGGAGCCAGAGGCUGGAAGCAGCAAGUGGGAGGUCUUGCCGUACUUUGAAGCGCGAUGCUUCAACGAACCGAGGGGCGAUCCCAUCCGGGUGUUCCAAACACACGGCGGUGGACAUUACCAGAUGCUCACCUGAGCAUCGCUUGCGCACUGCGUGAACUUGAGGUGGACAAACAUAGCACGAC